AUGUCCGAGGAGCACCUGGAACUCGAAGGAGAGCCUCCGGUCAAGGAGCAGCUCUGCCCAGAUCCCUCACCGGAGGAGGGCGAACCUUCAGAGGCCAAGAACGAGCCUGAACCUGGUGAUCUCGAUGGUGUUGUGGAGCAGGAGGAGGUUGAAUCUGUGCAUUCGGCAGCUGACAAUGCCAGCAACGCCAGCGGCGCUAGCGAGAUGGAGGUGGAAGAGGAUGACGAUGAUGAGAGGAUGCAGGGCUUUGCCCCGGAAAAGGAUGCCGAGGUGGAGGCGAGUACGGAAGCAGAUGGGCGCGGCCAGGAAGCGGAGGACAAUGCUCUCUGGGAGGAUUUCCUCGAAGCUGAUGAAGGCGAGGAUGAACCUCAAGAGCAAGAGGCGCAGGUUGAUGUCGUGGAGGGAAUGGAGGACUUCACGGGUGCUCAGCCCGUCACGUCAGUGGAGCCGGCUGCCGAAGCCGACAGUUCUGAGCCCCUGGACCGACCGGGUGAGGCAACAAGGAAGGUGUUCUUCUGUCCGACGGCCGUGCAAAUUCGUUCCGCGCCCGAUACGAUAGCUACCUCACGAGGACUCCUAGAUGUGGGAACUGUGGUUUCCGGAAGCUUGGAAGCUGGGUGGCUGAGUUUGGAUGAGGAAAGUAAGAAGCAACUGCUGUUGCUGGGCGAUGGUGCGGCCUGGGUGUCAAGUGAGAGCCUUGAGCAAAAGGAUGAGCGAGACAGUGAGGAUGAAGCAAAGGGUAUGCAGCAGUCGUCCCUGCAAGCUGAGAGACUUCUCGGGACCGGCAUUGAAUACCGCGCUUCGUGUGACUCGCGGUGCUACUGCAGUCCUUCAACGCUCGGAGAGAGCAAGCCAGUCUGCCAGGGAGAGGCAUUGGUUGGAUACCCGAGUCAUCACCAUUGGAUUCGCCUGGCUGCCUCGGAGACCAACACAGAGUUCAUCUCACACUGGGUGUUUCAAGAUCCCGACAGUCCGGCUCUUGAGGCGAACUGGAGCCGCUUGAAGGUCUCACAGAAUUCCUUUGGCGUGCUACGCCUCAGCUGGCCCGGGCUAGGCGUGUCUCCCCAUAGCACCGUCUACUACAGCCUGGAGUGGGCCAAGAAGGGCAAAGCAUCGGGCUCCGGUCUGACUCCUCGCCCUGAGUGCACGCUCGUGACCUGCCCUGCAGAAACGCAGUUCCGAGUAAGUGCCUUCGUGAACAGCAGGGAGCGGAGCUUGCACCUGACAAGCGCCUGGCAGUCUGACUGGGUGUUGGAAGCAGAGGACAAGGCAGAAUCCACUGAAUCCACCCUUCCAGCCCCUCCGGAGGCUUCGGGUGUCACGUCGAUAGCGCCAGUCUCAGAUGAGUCGGAUGGUAUGCACGCUCCACACUCGGACAAAGUCGCCGAGAGCUCUCCCUGUGCAGAGGGUGGAGGGCUCGAGCAAGACCUGGAAGCCGUGGACAUCUCCGAAAAUCUCCGUGAGGAGAGCCCGGACGGGGGAUCGCUUGACGCGCGUGGAGCAGAGGCAGCAAAGGCCGAAGAGCCGGCAGAGGCAGAAGAGGCAGUAGAGUCAACAGCGGCAGAAGCAGAAGUUGAGAAGAAGUCACAGCAGUGUGAGUCAGGGCAGAGUCGCCGUUCCUGCUUCGAGGUAGUCCGCCGAGGAGGUGUAUUCCUCCGCGAGCAACCAAGCCGGGACGCAACCUCCAAGGGCCGGCUGGCCUUCGGGCAGCGUGUCUUUGGUGUACUGACAGGUGAGUGGCUCCGUGUGGAGAGAAACUCGCAGGAGGAGGUGGAAGGCACAACCUAUGUGCUGGUUGACGGCAGCGAGUGGGGUCUCGGUACACUCCUUCAAGAGAUGCCUACAGCUGAAAGUUCCCCUCUUCCCAGCACACUUCCGGAAGAUUCGCAGCCGACGAAGCUGGAGCCGGAACAAGUUCCGAGCCCAGAGCCGGAGCAAGUUCCGAGUGCGCAAUCCUCGAGCCUUACCAAGAAGUCGGCAGGGCCUGCUCAGAAAGCACGCCUAUCAUCUUUACGCCGUGCAGCUGCGGCUGCCGAAGAAGUCCUGAGCAGACCUGUUGACUAUCUCGUGCUAGCUGAAACACCAGUUUAUGGUGAGCCGACGUCAAAUGCACAGCCUUUGGCAGGCAAGUCGCUCCAGGCUGGAAGCACGAUUGUGGGGUACCCUGGCAAUGCCAGCUGGAUUCGUUUGGCCAGGGUGCAGGGUGGGGACGAAGAAUGGGCUCUGACAAAAAGCCUCGGUUCCUCAAAAUCUGGAAAGGAUGCUUUUCUAAGCCCUGCCUGGGCGCAGCUGCAAGCCGAGGAGGUAUUCAGUGAAGCCUUGGUAGUGAGCUGGCAAGGUCUCACAGCGCCCAAGGCACCCUACGUUGCAGCCUACAGCAUAGAGUGGAGGCUGACUCCAGGCGAGGAGUUGCCCAUUGGCGGGACUGGGGACUUCAAAAGUAGUGGAUAUGCAUUGAGUCUCCAGCCGCGUACGACGCUGCAUGGCCUCCCCCCGGGUGCUGCAGUCCAAUUGCGAGCAGGAGUCCGUGUGGCAGCACAAACAGCCCAAACAACGCAAGGAGCCGGAGCUGACUUUCGACUUCUGGGUCCUUGGCAAGACUUUACUACCGGGAGUCCCCUCACGGAGGAGGAGGAGGCAGAGUACUCGCGAUGCAUCGAUCCCUUUGGAGCGGCUCGUGGAGCAUGCGAAGCCAGUCAAUGCCGCGGAUAUGUGGCGGACUUGGAUGCUUUGGCAUCGGUGGGUGCCAAUGCGAAUUUCCUGGUCCACAAAGCCAUCUGCGUGCGCUGCGGCAAGUCCUUCGAGGCGCACCAGCGUCUCGAGGCGUCCAGUGCGUCUUCUUGGAAGGCGAGGAAGAGCGCAAAGGUGGAAAGAAAGAAAGAGCCAGAGAUUUCGGGGGCAAGUCCCCCGGCGAGUCCGCCAGAGGAUGAUGAGGGCCUAAAGACAUUUCAGGUGGUGCACACCAUGGUCUUUGUCCGUGACCGUGCUAGUGUGAAGGGCAGGACACUCGGCGUCCUCAAGACAGGAGAUCGAGUUCGAGGUUGGCGGCGUUCAGGCUGGCUGCGGUUGAGCCGCAGCAGCUCGCUGACUGUCGCGAAAGAGAUUCGGGACGCGUGGAUUCUGAUCCACGGUGCUGAAGUUGGGCUUGGCCAGCUUAUGCAGGAAGUGGACGAGAAACCUGAGGACUCUAAGCGAGAGGUCUCCAGCAGCAAAGCAGGUCCCAGCGUAGCAUCGCCACCAUCCACAUCACGCCGAAUGGCCGCCGUGGAGCAGGCACUUAGCGACACCAGGUCUGUCCUACAAGGGCCGCUUCAGUUCAGAGUGGUUGGUGACGCUGACCUUCCUGUUCGCCCGAAGCCCCUCUCCGAUCAGAUGCAGGUUGCCACCUUGAAGCCUGGGGCCAUGGUGCUGGGGUAUCCCGCUGGCGACUGGAUGAAGAUCGAGACGGUGUCCACUACAAGCCAAUGGGUGCUAAUAAACGAUCCGUGUGGGACGCGCUUGGUGCCAGUCUGGGCCGACCUCAACCUGCAGCAGGCCUUCGAGGAGGGUCUGCUGCUGUCAUGGCCUGGUCUGGCAGCCAAGGAGGCAACGCGGUACACCCUUGAAACACAAGUACAAGGUGGCGGCAGCGGCAAGCUUGACGUUAAGCUGGGACAGACGGCCGCGCUGCUCAAUUCUUUACCCCCGGGUGCAGCAGUAAGCGUGCGAGUGCGGGCCAUUGUGUAUUCCCCCAAAGAUCCACUUGGCAUCAAGUUCCAGGGAGAUUGGAAGGGCCUUCAAUGCUUGGCACCACGAGAGACUGGCAACCAGGUCGCGACAAAACCAUGCAUUGACUUCAAGGACUCCGAGGCAACAGGCCUCAUGGCGGAGGAGCGAUGUGUGCGAUGCGGGCUUCUUCGCUCUGAACAUCCCACAGCCGCCUCCGCCGAUGCCGUCCCAGAGCCAUCUGCACAGAAUGAGAGGUCUGCUAGUGACGUCCUCGUGUCCAGCCAGCUGGGCAGAGAGUCCGAAGAGGUAUCGGAAUCCUCCGAGCAGUUUCAGGUUGUUGUCGCGACCGUGUACAUUCGGGGCGAGCCGUCCAUUGGCGCGAUACCGGUGGGAUUUGUGCACAAAGGCACUGUUCUCUCUGGGCAGGCGCAGUCUGGCUGGCUGCGCCUUUCCGCCGAAUGCAGCAAGCGGUUGAAGAUCUUCGGUGAUAAGAAGGCUUAUGUGGCAAUUGAGGGCCGCUUCGCGAAUCGUCCUGACCUGGGGGCUUUGCUGCAACGCGUGGAUGCGGACGCUGCCGGCAGUGCCGAGAAGCCGGAAGAGGCCGGGCACAGAAGCGUCGAGUCGUUGAGGCGCAGGGCCGAGCGGGCUUGCCAGGUGCUCAACUCGGAGCCGCUUCCCUUUCAGGUCGUGUCGGACAAAGCAUCAGUCCGACCAGCUCCAGACGUCCAUGCUGCGUCAACUGCGCUGACCAAAGGGGAGCGCGUCAAGGGCUAUCCCAGUGGAAGUUGGUUGAGGCUCGCCCGAAGCGAUGCCAAGGGCGAAGGAUGGGUGCAAAUCGAGUCGUCAGGCGCUGAUUCCACCCUUUACUUGGAGGCUGAGUGGUCCAAGGUGGAGGUGAAGCAGGCCUUUGUCGAGGCGAUCAUUCUGGAGUGGACCGGCCUCGCCACUGAGCAGAAGGUCACCUAUGCCGUCGAGUGGCGCCCUAGUGCCGGUGGCGCAGGUGGCCAUGCCGUCUGCAAAUCCAACCGACUUCAUCUUACCGGGCUACCUGCAGAUGGCAAGUUUUCAAUGCGAGUCCUGGCUUGCGUUGCGAGCGAGCACCCGAACGUCACACCCUUGAGACUCAACGGCCCCUGGCUUGAGGCUUCCAGCCUGCCUGCUGCCAGGAGGCCAGGCUGGUCCAGCCGGUUGUCGGAGAGCAACUUAGACCCUGUGGGAGAAGCACGUUCUGGCUGUUUCGCCAGCAAGUGUUCUGGUUUUCUGGCACCCGAGGACUCUGCAAGCUAUGUCAACGACCCUAAAGCCACUCUAUGCAGGCGAUGUGGAUAUUCUUUCCUCGACCACCGAAAAGGUUUUUCAGGCGAAAAGACAGCGAAGUCACAGCCACGAAAGGUGAGUUCUGAACUUCCCUCUCGCGCCGGAAAGGAGCCCGAUUCCACGCGUGAUGAGGUGCGCGGUGCCACGCGAAGAAGCUUCAUGGCCAGCUGGGUGGUAGAGCACCGGGCUGUCCUCAUACGCUCCCAGCCAAGUGUGAAGGCUGAGAAGCUCGGCAUCGUCUGCAAGGGCCACGUCUUGAAAGGCUACGAGAUGGAAGGCUGGGUGAAGCUGACACGAGAAUCUGGCGUUCAGGCCGGCGUUCCGGAAGGCCGGAUUGCCUGGGUCCUCAUCGACGGCCAAGAGGUUGGCCUGGGUCAGCUGCUUCGGCCUCUAAAGCCGGGCGAAAAGAUUUCCGUAAAGGAUGCCAAAGAGGAGUCCGACGAUGAAAAGUAUGGACUUGCAUGGAGAUUCGAGGACAUCUACACUGGCGCUCUCGAGUUCGAGGUCCUCUUCAAGUCGGUCUCGGUCCGGAGGAGGCCCAGAGUCACCUCCAAGUCUCUGGGGCUCGUCACAGAGGGCAAUCGCAUCUGGGGCUAUCCCAAAGACAACUGGCUUCAAACCAACCGAAAGUACAGGCAGAAGGAGCACGGCUGGAUUCGCAUUGAUGGGACAGACUUGGGCCAUGGCCAGCUUCUUCAGUGCACCAUGAUGAAGCCUACAGCCACCAAAUCCUUCGCAGAGGCCCUUCUGAUCGCGUGGCAGCCUCUGCCAGUAAAGUCUGCCCUUUACACGCUGGAAUGGGUGGCACAGGACAAGAAGAGCAUCAAGGUGGCCCUGGACAAAACACGACUUUGCGCAGGCAAGAUUGGCCCGUUGGCACCCGACUCCACGUUCUACGUGAGGGUGACUGCCUUCAUCCUUGUUCCUGGAGCUGAUGCAAGCGAUCCGAAGAGCAUCUGCGCAAAGGUGAGCAGCGAUUGGGCAGAAGCACAAACAGGGUCCGCCGUUGACGAAACGGAAGAAGCCGCCAUGACAUUUGAUCCCCUGGCAAAAAUUCGUGGAAAAUGUGGAGAUUGCCAGCACUGCGCCAACUUCAUCUUGUCCAAGUACUCUUACCUGAUGCGCUUAGACGAGGUGCUUUGUCGACGCUGCGGCUGUGCGUGUACAAGCCAUGAGAUCGUCGGCGAGUACGGGAAAUCGCGGGCGCAGUGGGCCAAAGACAAUGAGCGCAGGCAGCGGGAAGGCCAACGACGCCAGCAGCAGGUCCGAAAGCCCCCUGUGCCAGCAGAGCUUCCAUGCACUCCCUGGCAGCCCGACGACGCACCUGUCGGCAAGAGCAAAGCACGCUAUGCCAUCGAGCAGGUGACAAAGGCACGGAACUUCUACGAGACCCUGGGAGUAAAGCCAUCAGCUACUGCAAAGGAGAUACGCAAUGCUUACCGCCAAAUCGCACUGCGCAUCCACCCAGACAAGGUAACGUCGGGAGGCCAGGAGGAAGACUUGACAACGCAGGCAGAGGCUGCUUUCAAGCUGGUGUCUUCGGCUUACGAAGUGCUCGGCGACGAAGGCAAGAGAUCUUCCUACAACCACACGGCAAAGAGCGGAAAGUCCACAACGAGCUCUGCAAAGCCAUCGGGGCCGAGAACCACGACCCCUGCAUCGAGAGAACAGUGGCCUGGAGGAGCUGCCAAGUCUAAAUCGGAGGUGGUGCUUACGGUGUCCCAUGCUGUCAGCGGAGAAGAGAUCCGCAUGUCGAUGAACCGCGGGACGAGUGUCAUGGGACUCAAGCGGGCUCUGUGCAAAAAGCUCAAGCGCGGACCACCGGAGAGCAUCGAUAUCUGCGACACCAGCGGAUCUAUUCUGGGUGAUGACCACCGCUUUGCUGAGAACCAGGAACUGCACUGCAUUGGCAUCUCCCUCGGCCCACCCAAAACAGUCACAGUCGAGGUCAAGGACCAUCGAUCUGGGGCCAGGAUGCAGGUGGAGGUGCUGGACACCUCAAGCAUGGAGACGGUCAGAAAGAAGGUUGCUCGAGAACUCAAGGUGAAGGAGAAGGAGCUGCAGAUUGGACAGCAGAAAAGCACGGGCAAGCACUCCGCCCGUCGCUUCGAAGCUCUAGCAAGCGAGGAGUUGCUCAAUGGGAGGAGGCUUCUCUACAUCCAUGGGAACAGUGUGCUGAUCUACCUAACCUUGGAGCAGGGCUUGCAGCUCCAGCGGGACUUGAUCGUUGCUUACGGCGAGGCGAUCUUCCAGAAGAAGCUUGACGCACUCCUGUCAGAGUAUCCUAUGCCAGAGUCCAUCACCCACAUGAGUUUUCGGGAGGCCUUCGGAAAGCUGGUUCGGGAUGCGCAGAAGGUCACACUGGCAAGGUGGGGCUUCGAAGGCGAUUUCGCGGCACAGAACAUGAUGACGGCAUUUGGCAAGGUGGCGCACACAGCAGAAGUCUACGAGCUCAGCUUGGAGAUCGACAAGCUCCUGCGUAUCACCUCAGGAGGGAUGAUCGCAGCUCCGGUCAAGCCCAAGAAGGCUGCGCAGGCGAAGGCUUCAAGUGCUUCCGAGUCGAAGCCCGAGAAAUCGGAGAAAUCGGAGAAGGCGAAGGCGCCAGGCAAGAGUGGGCCCAGACCGCCAGUCACUGUCACGGUGCGGCAGGCGGUUGAAGAGGAGAAUGAGCCCCCAGCACCGCCUCUCAAGGUCACAGUGCCAGCAGAUGCCACAAUGCGCCGACUCAAGCAGGCCAUCGCCGAGAAGCUGGGCAUCAAGCGCACGACAUCCCUUAAGCUGGUUUUUCACCUCGACUCGCGGUUGCGGAAAUCCAGCAUGCCGGAGAGUGGUAUGACUUUCGCGUCUUUCAAGGAUGACGAGCUCAUCGGCUCACGCCGAGAAGUCCUGCUGUUGGGAGCAGACCUACGUGACAUGGUGGAGGUUCGGGUAGAACUGAGCGGCGUGCCACAGCUUCCGGAUGGCACAGUGGUCGUCUUCGUUUCACGCGCGGCCACGUUGAAAGAGGUGAAAGAAGCAGCUGCGCGAAAGCUGUUGCUUAAGGAGGCCGGCACGAACGAGCCGACAGCUACCCGAGUCGCAGAGGUGGCGUCUGCUGGGAUGUUGGCGGGGACCAUCGGGGACUCCAUAGCCCUGGACCUGCUGCAGGAUGAACUGCCUUUGAAAGGCCGAGAGAGGAUCCACUGGCUCAGCACCGCCCUGGCCCAGGAGCUGAUCCCAAAGGCCUCGGAGAUCACCAUCCUGGAGCAGGAACACCAGGAAGAGGAAGAAGAGGAAGACGCUGCAGACCUUGCGGAAGACUUCGAGGCGACGACAAGCUGCCCUGACCUUCUGGCAGUAUCCGUAUGGAGUAUCGCCCUGUGCUGGCCGAUCCUGCAGGAAGAUGCGGAAGAGGUCGUAGACUCUACAGGCCCGACAAGCCAGGAGCGGCAAUAG